AUGGAAGCAGACGAGGUCGGAGAAGAGCCUCAUACCACCAUGGAUGCAGAGGAGCACCCUUCUUCAAAGGACCCCUCUGCCAGCGACUCACAGGAGCCCCCUCUCUCUGAAACCCCCAUGAAGGCUUCCAUCUCUGAGACCCCUUUAGAACCACUUAGUUCUGCAACUCCUCUGGAGCCUUCCGCUUCCCAGAACCCGUUAGAGACCCAUACCUUGGAAACGGUCUUGGAGCCUUCCAUCCCUGAGACCCCUUUAGAACCACUUACCUCUCCUUUGGAGCCUUCUAGCCCGUCGGAGAUUCACAUCUCUAAGGUUCCAGAGAAACAGCUUACUUCUCACAAUGCAUCACCAGGCCACGUCUCUAGGGCUCCCUCUGACACUCUGAAGGAAGGCCCCAUCUCUGAGUUUCCCUCCAGUGACGUCUCCCGGACGAGAAGAUCCAUGCAGAUCCCUCAAUCUGGAUCCCUUCAAAAGCACUCCCUUUCAGGCCCUUCCGCCCAGGUCCAUCCGGACACAUCUGCAAAGGAAAGGGAAGAAGGAGAGAACAAGGAUGGGGUGGAUGCCACUGACAGAGCCACUCUCACAGCUCAGUCUGGUCAUCAACUGGGUUACAGAGUCAGCCCAGCGGUCUCUACGAAGCAGGCGGAGAUGGUGAAAGUGGCUAACACAGUGCACAGAGGGAUGUUUGGUGCUCAGGUGAAAAAUCUCUUCCAAUGGGAGAAGAAUGCAGCCCUGAGUGCCAUCCAGACAGGUCUCUACAUUGGCUGGCGCUGCCCGCAUUAUCUAUGGGACUGUUUCCGGAUUGGGGAUGAGUCCAAGUGCUUUUGUGGACACUUGUUGAGAGAGCACCAGAUCAUAUCAGACAUUUCUGUGCCCUGCAAUGUGAACCAGUGCCGCUGCCUCAUGUUCUGCUUUAUCCCAUCACGCCCAGAGGAGGUGGGUCAGUUCUGGCUCAGGAGAAGAGCCAGCUUUGACCCCAAGGCAUGGAGAGCCCAAUGUCGCUGCAAACAUAACCAUGAAGACCAUGCAGCUACUGGGUCCCAUCCCUGCAGGGUCAAAGGCUGUUGCUGCAACUGCUUUGAGUCUAAUUUCCUGUGUGCAGCCUGUGACCGGCGCUGGGAGGAACACCAGACUUUCUUUGAGACUGAAGAGACCCGGCGACGAGGAGGGAGGCCUCAUGGGACAGACACUGUCAACACCUGGCACAGGCCUCUGUGA